ACGCUGGAUGGAAUGGUCCAAGAGGCGAUCCAAGCGGUUGAUUGUCUAGAAACUGAUCGGAAGGUCAUGUUGGAGCGGUUACGAGGAGCGGACAGCGCGCUGCGACGGGGCGGGGAGGAAGUUCUAAGGGUGCGGCAGAGCGUGGAGGAGGCGGAAGAGAAGCUUAGAGGGUUGGAAGACGAGGGGCGAGAGUUUCGGGGCCGCGUGGAGGAGAAAAGAGGCCCGGGAAGUGGAGCAACUAGAGCGGUGAGUUGCUGA